CAGUCAAAAGUUUAAACACAGCUACUCAAGGGUUUUACUUAAUGGUUUACUGUUUCCUAGAUUGGUGAAUAUUAGUGAACACAUCAAAACUAUGAAAUAACACAAAACUGCAAUGAUGUAGUAAUGAAAAAAGUAGCCACCCUUUGCCUUGAUGCCUGCCAAGACUGCGCAAAGCUUUCUCUCAACCAGCUUCACCUGGAAUGCAUUUCCAACAGUCUUGAAGGAGUUCCCAUAUAUGCUGAGCACUUGGUGACUGCUUUUCUUUCACUCUGGUCCAACUCAUCCCAAACCAUCUCAAUUGGUUUGAGGUCGGGUGGUUGAGGAGGCCAGGUCAGCUCCAUCACUCUCCUUGGUCAAAUAGCCCUUAAACAACCUGGAGGUGUGUUGGGUCAUUGUCCUGUUGAAAAACUAAUGACAGUCCCACUAAGUGCAAACCAGAUGGGAUGGUGUAUCGCUGCAGAAUGCUGUGGUAGCCAUGCUGGUUAAGUGUGCCAUGAAUUCUAAAUAAAUCACUGAGUGUCACCAGCAAAGCACCAUCACACACCCCCUCCAUGCUUCACAGUGGAAACGACACAAGCAGAGAUCAUCCGUUCACCUAUUCUGCAUCCACCUAUUCUGGAACCAAAAAUCUCAAAUUUGAACUCAUAAGACAAAAGGACAGAUUUCCACUUGGGGUGCACAAUAUAUCGGUGAACAAAUCAGAAUCAGACGAUAUUAGCUAAAAAUGUCAACAUCGGUAUUGGCUGAUGUGCAUACCUAUAUAACGAAGGUACAUGACAUAAUGACGCUAAGUAAAAUUUUGCGCUAUAGGUGCAACACAGCAUUCCUAAACUAGCCCACAAUGUCUGCUGUGUGGAUCGAGUAGUCAACAAUUCAAGCAGUCAUUUGAGUAACAAGAGUAACAACAUUUCAGCGAGACAACUCAAAGGCGACAUCCAUUAAAGCCAAGAUAAUGGAAUCCAUUGCCCUUGAAAAUCAACCGUUUUCUGUUGUGGGUGAUGUUGGCUUUCGCAGACUGGUCGAGCACCGGUUAACACUACCAAGUGCGCUAUUUUUCAGAUGUUGUCCUACCGGAGUUACACAGUAAUAGCGUCACUGCUAUUAGCUUCAUGACAUACAUAAUAUGGAACUCCAUAUGUGUCUUUGCGUGUCAAAAAAUAUACAGUAGCACUGUCAAAAGCUGUACAACAAUGCAUCAUUUGUUCGACCGCAACUUCUGGGGUAGCUAGCUUUAGCUUGGUACCUAGCUAGCACCAAUACAACCAGCCUGAAAACAAUGACCAAUAGAAACUGCAGUCAUUUUCAUUAUUCUUAGCAAUGAUUAAGGAAUCCUUGUAAGUAUUAGCUAGGUUGCCACUUGUUGUUUGCCUAUUGAAAUUGAACUUCAGUUCAUAAAAAUAAAUAGCUAGCUGCUUACAGCUUACAGACGGUAGGCAAUUAAGGUCACAGUUAUGAAAACUUAGGACACUAAAGAGGCCUUUCUACUGACUCUGAAAAACACCAAAAUAAAGAUGCCCAGGGUCCCUGUUCAACUGCGUGAACGUGCCUGAGGCAUGAGAACUGCAGAUGUGGCCAGGGCAAUAAAUUGCAAUGUCCGUACUGUGAGACGCCUUAGAUAAGGAUACAGGGAGACAGGACGGACAGCUGAUCGCCCUCGCAGUGGCAAACCACGUGUAACAACACCUGCAGAGGAUUGGUACAUCCGAACAUCACACUUGCGGGACAGGUACAGGAUGGCAUCAACAACUGCCCGAGUUACACCAGGAACACACAAUCCCUCUAUUAGUGCUUAGACUGUCCGCAAUAGGCCUAGAGAGGCUGGACUGAAGGCUUGUAGGCCUGUGGUAAGGCAGGUCCUCACCAGACAUCACCAGCAACAACGUCGCCUAUGGGUACAAACCCACCGUCGCUGGACCAGACAGGACUGGCAAAAAGUGCUCUUCAUUGAUGGGUAGCAGUUUUCUCUCACCCGGGGUGAUGGUCAGAUUCGUGUUUAUCGCCGAAGGAAUGAGCGUUACACCAAGGCCUGUACUCUGGAGCGGGAUCGUUUUGGAGAUGGAGGGUCCGUCAUGGUCUAGGGUGGUGUGUCACAGCAUCACCGGACUGAGCUUGUAGUCAUUGCAGGAAAUCUCAACGCUGUGCGUCACAGGGAAGACCACCUCCCUCAUGUGGUAUCCUUCUUGCUGGCUCAUCCUGACAUGACCCUUCAGCAUGACAAUGCCAUCAGCCAUACUGCUCGUUCUGUGCGUUAUUUCCUGCAAGACAGGAAUGCCAGUGUUCUGCCAUGGCCAGCGAAGAGUCCGGAUCUCAAUCCCAUUGAGCACGUCUUUGACCUGUUGGAUUGGAGGGUGAGGGCUAGGGCCAUUCACCCAUGAAAUGUCCGGGAGCUUGCAGGUACCUUGGCGGAAGAGUGGGGUAACAUCUCACAGCAAGAACUUGUAAAUCUGGUGCAGUCCAUGAGGAGGAGAUGCACUGCAGUACUUAAUGCAGCUGGUGGCCACACCAGAUACUGGCUUUGUUCAGGGACACAUUAUUCCAUUUAUGUUUGUCACAUGUCUGUGGAACUUGUUCAGUUUAUGUCUCAGGUGUUUAAUCUUAUGUUCAUACAAAUAUUUACACUUUAUUUUUGCUGAGAAUAAACACAGUUGACAGUGAGAGGACACUUUUUUUUUGGCUGAGUUUAGUAAUCUAGCGAACUAUAGCUACUGAAACAGAUUGUCGUUUUGCUAUGUUUUUGUGGAAGAACAUUGAUUGUGUCCAUGAGCUAGCUAUUUAUUUCAUGACCAGCACUGUAGUUUCGCGAGACAACUUUACCAGCAUCAUAGAACACGUAUCGAUGAAUCAUUGUGAUUCAUUGAUUCUUGACACGUCAAGUAGGGUUUUUUGACAUGUCAAAUAGUAUAUUUUUUGACACGCAAAGACCCAAACGGUGGUCCAUAGAAAUGCUGGUUGAGAAUUAAACAACUGAACAAAUGAACAGCGAACCAGCACAGCAAGUAAGUGAAUGAUGGCCGAUUUCAAGUUUUCUUAACAAUCAGUAAUCAGACAUUUUGGAUGACGAUAAUGGCCGAUUACAAAACAAUCCACAAGGAGAUUGCAUGGCAGGCUGACCACCUGUUACUCGUGUGCAGCAUCAGAAGGACCUUGUGGCUGCAAGAAGCCAAGGUCUACCAUGGAGGGCUUUAUGGAUAUCAAUGAGAUCCAUGACAUCACUGGCACUGAUACAGAGGAGCACAGAAUAGAUGCAGAGCAGGUGGAGGGGGCCGAGAGGAGUGCUAGGCCGACCAUCAGCGAGUUCAAAAAGACCUGGGGCUUCAGGCGGACCACGGUUGCCAGAAGAGAGUUUGUGGGAUUGGAUGAGAUUGAAGAUCCAGAAUCUCCACCCCUACCCACACGUCGAGGCAGAGGCCGCCCAGCCAAGACCUAUUCAAGACGUGGGCGAGGGGGGAGAAGAAGCGUCCCAGCCGACCUGGAGUACUCUGGAGCGGCCUCCCCAAUUCCAAUGGACACAGAGCCUUCCUCAGAUCCCCAAGAGCCCUGCCCAGGUGGCAGCCUAGAUCCCACCUCUUGGCAGGACUUUGGAUCUGCAUUUGGCACUGCUUUUUCUCUACUUGGGGAGAAGGAGGAGGACUACAUGCCCAUGACUGCUCCUGCCCAAACUAUGGCUGCCCCUGCCCCUAGCUAUGGGGCUAGUAGGGUCGUGGAAGUUGCCUCCAGUAUUGAGGAGGACAGUGAUGAGCUGACCCUGAAGCAGCUCCAGGAGCGGCUGAGCACUAGGGGUAGAGGGGAGUCCAGGGGGAGGGGGGUCAGAGGGAGGGGGAGGGGAAGAGGGAGAGGGAGAGGUAGAGGACGUGGUAGAGGUAGGGGGCGUGGGAGGGUUAGGGGUGUAGAGCCAGAGUCGAGCACUGCGGAUGAAGAGGAGGUUAUUUUUGUAAAUGAGUUGGAACCGCAGCAGGUGCAUCAGCCUCAGGAAGAAAGGGAGAGAAGUCCUGAGAAGGUUGUGGUAGAGUCUCAAAGCCCUUCUCCUUCUCAACAGUCGAGCUCAGACUCUAUGCCUCCUCUUGAGUCUGAUCCAGAAACAACAGAAGAAAAGGCUAGCCAAAAUGAUAAUGUAACAGAGGCAAAGGACGAGGUGGAAGAGGAGGAGAGGAUCGAGGAAGAAAAGUCUGAGUAUUCUAGCAUAUCGGACAGUGAGGGCUACAACCCCCAUGCCCUUUACUGCAUCUGUCGACAGAGGCACAACAAAAGGUUCAUGAUCUCCUGCGACAAUUGUCUGGAGUGGUUCCAUGGCGACUGCGUUGGCGUCAGCGAGAUUCAAGGCCGAAAGCUUGAGAGGAGUGGACGAGACUGGAUCUGCGCCACCUGCACCAACAAGAGCCAGAGCCAGCCAGACCCCCAGCAGAGCUCCCCUGAAUGCCUGACACUGCCCUACUCGGGGGAGGAGGAGAUUGUACAUGAGGAGCAGGCCAGCGAGGAGGCUGUGGUGCAGGAGGUGACAGAGAUGGUUGCUGAGGCUGAGAUGGAGUUGGACGGUUCCCUACCCCAGUGCAUCGGCUCAGGGUGCAGUAAGCACGCCCUGCCCGACUCCGUUUACUGCGGCACAGACUGCAUCCUGCGGCAUGCGGCUGCCACUAUGAAGACGCUCUCCAACUCCAAAGAGACUAAAUCCAAGCAACGCCCACAGAGGAGAGCAGUAGCCAAACUUUGCCCUAAGGGUCAGAGGUCAGCUAGGAUGCCCCAGAGGUUGUUGGCAGAGCGGCCCGAAGAGGAGGGUGAGGAAGAGGCUGAAGAAGUUGAGGACAAGGAAGCUGACACAUCUACAUCUGCCUUAUCCUGUGACCCUAGUCUCACUGCAGUACAGGCCACAUCCAUAGAAUCACCUAUGUUUUACAAGUCGACUGGAAAGGCCAGUAAGCAGGUAGAGGUUGAGAUUGAGCCCAUUUCUCCUCAGACACAUUCUCCAGAUAACUCUCCCUCAGACAUCAUCACUGAAUCCUCCCCUCCUCUGGGAAGUGCUCCAGGUAAAACCAAGAGACCAGCAAACAGCUGCAGUAUCUCAAGGAAACCCUCUGUCGAUACAUCCCCUGUCAAACAACCCAAUCCCCCCAAAUCCAGCCACUCUCCGACCCCUGAGGCCCCAAGCACCUCAGCCUCCAGACACCACGAAACGGGGGCCCUGAGGAUCGGCAAGACGUCCUUCACCAUCCCCAAGAAGCAGCCUCAACCCCUCGUGACUUCCACUCUACCCUCACCUCUACCCCCCACCCCAAUGAAUGAAACUAGGAUCCUGCCCGUGUCCCCAGCCCCUAUCGCCCCUUCCUCCAGACCCCCUCAGCCAGCCAACAACCAGGUCAGGCAGAGCAUCCAACGCUCUCUCACCAACAUCAUGUUCAAGAGGGUGUGCGACUGUGACGAUUUGGAGAAGUCUGAGAGUGAAGUGGCGAAGCUGGUCACCAGCAUCGAGACGGAGAUGUUUAACAUAUUUAACAAUACAGAUAGCAAGUACAUGAACAAGUACCGAACCAUCAUGUUCAACCUUAAAGACCCCAAAAAUAAGGGUUUGUUCUACAACGUCAUCCGUGGUGAGGUCAGUCCCUUCAGACUGGCCAGGAUGAGCCAGCGGGACAUGCAGGCUACAAAGGUCUCAGAGCCGAACAAAAAAGACACUCCAGAGGUCCGGGAGUCUGGUCCCAAAGCCACAUGUGUGCUGCCAAAUCCAGCGCCUGAGCCAGUAAAGGUUGAUCUACCUAGUCUUCCCUUUAGGCCAAGUAGACACAUGGAACAGAAGAGCACUCUCCCUGCUGCCCCUAAGGCCAGACCUAACCAGUCGAGCCAGAACAGCUCAGUCCCAGACAUCCUCAGCUGCAUGCUGAAAGACACAACUGCCGAGCACAGAGCUCACCUGUUUGACCUCAAGUGCAAGAUCUGCACAGGUCAGAUAACAGUUGAGGGUGAGGAGGAGCCUGUACCCAAGAAGUCUAAACUCUCUGGGUCAUCGUCAUCCUCCACAAAUCCAGACGAAUGGAAAGACAGGCCGUCUCGGCCACCCUGGAUGUAUGCCAGAACAGAUCCCAGAACAGAGGAGAGAGGAUGGAGAACUCCAGCAGGAGAUGAAUCACCCCUCCUUGCACCCCCCGACUCCCCCACCAUGGGUUCCCCUGCCUCCCCCCUAAUGGAGGAUGACUCUGUCUUAACCAUCAUGGAAUCCCCGCUUCACCCACAAUGGAAUCUCCCGCUUCUCCACCAAUGGUCUCCUGCCUCCCCCAUUUUGGAAUCCCCUGCCUCCCCUGUCAUGGAUUCUCCCGCCUCCCCCAUUCUGGAAACCCGCAAAGCCAAGACACCGUCCAGAAUGUAUACCCCAGUCAUGAUUCCGGCUGUUUCUACGGUAACCAUUACAAGGCGUGAUCCUCGCACUGCUGGCAACCGUUCUGCUGUUAUGUCUGGUGACCCCCACACCGCUGGCAACCGCACUCCUGCCAUGGCAACUGUCGCCAUGUCUAAAGUCCCACCUCCACAAGUCUCUUAUGUCCCAGCGAAACAGAGUGUUACUCUGAGCAAGACAUUCAUGCCCUUGCCACCACCCCCAUCCCUUCCACCAAUGCCUGCAUUACCCAAAUCUAUCCUGAUGAAGCCAUCCUCCUCAUCGUUCUAUGGUUCUUCAGGAUCCUCUUCAUCCUCUUCAAGGGCUGUGAACUCCCACUCCCCUCAAGAUGGGGAGACAACCCAGUUCCUGGCCAAGCAGGAAGUAGUGUGGAAGGGCUUCCUCAACAUGAUCAGCGUGGCCAAGUUCGUCACCAAGGGCUAUCUGGUCUCCGGGCCUUCUGAAUAUCUCAAAGAGGAUCUGCCUGAUACCAUACAGCUUGGUGGAAGAAUCAUGCCUCAAACUGUGUGGGAUUACAUCGGGAGAGUGAAGACCUCUGUUACAAAGGAGCUGUGUGUGAUCCGGUUCCACCCAGCGACAGAGGAGGAGGAAGUGGCCUAUGUGUCUCUGUUCUCCUACUUCAGCAGCAGACGGCGCUUCGGGGUGGUGGCCAACAACAGCCGCAGCAUUAAAGACAUCUACCUCAUCCCACUCAGUGCGAAGGAGUCCAUUCCUUCCAAACUCCAACCCUUCGAAGGAUCAGGCUUUGAGAAGAAUCGCCCCAAUCUUCUUUUGGGACUGGUUAUUUGCCAGAAACCCAAACGUGUGGGAAGCUUGCCACAAGAGGUUGAAGAGAAGAGAGCCAAGAUCCACAUAUCCAAAGACUCCAGAGAUACUGGCCUCCCGAGACCCCCUACGCUGUAUGGGUCUGACCCUAGGACGGAGGAAUUCCUGCCCUACGACCCAGCGAUGCCCAUCAUGUCCACCCCUCCUGGUUCCCCUCCUUCCACUGGAUCCCCAUCAGACUCCUCCUCCUCUGGCUCACUGACUAUUCCAUCACUUCUGUCCUCCAUCAGAGCUGCUCUCCCUGCUUCUGCCCCACCCCCCAUCACUAGCACAUCCACCACUCCCCUGCAGACCAUCCUGAAGUCACUGUUUGGGAAGGACUCUCAUACAGUCCCAGCAGUUGCAGCAGUGCCCCUUCCAACCACUUUGCCCCCUCCCCCAAUGGUAGAUCCGAUAGUACAGCAGUACGGGCAGAAAUCCAAAGUCAAAGAGAUUGAGGAGGAGGAAAAUGAAUAUGAUCGACCAUAUGACCCGGAGGAGGAGUAUGAUCCAGCAAUGGGCUAUGGAAGGGUUGCCCCAAUUAAUAUAGAUAAAAUGUUUGAGGCGAAUGCUGCCACUCAGGCCACGUGUGCAGAUGACGACGACGUGGCUUACGACCCUGAGGAUGAGACUAUCUUUGAGGAUAUGCACAAUGAUGGGGUCAGUGUAGGGAAAGCUCCAACUUCAGCUCCAGCUCCUACCCCAGUCCCAGCUCCAGUACAAGACCCAUUCCCAGAUCCCAGUCCAGCCCCAGCCCCUCUGAGCCGCCCCAUUACUGGUGCUGUGAUUGUGUCAGCCGCUACUCUGACUGAACAACAGCGAAUGCUUGAGGAUCUCAACAGGCAGAUUGAGGAGCAGAAACGGCAGCUGAAGGAGCAGGAGGAGGCACUGCGUCAGCAGAGAGAGGCAGUGGGCAUGUUCAUGGCCCAUUUCUCUGUUUCCGAUGCCUUGAUGUCUCCCCCUACUAAAUCUGGGCUGUCUCAUUUACAAACACAGCAGAGUGAAGGAGAGCAGUCUGAGGCAAAUCCUUCAGUCAAUCAAAGAGCUUUGAAAGGUAUUUUGAAAACGGAGGAAACAGAAGUACCAAUAAAACAGGAGAUUAAGAGAGAGACCAAGACUGUACCUCUUUCAGUGUCAAGAAAUGUGGAAAUGCCCAAUGCAUCACCAAAGCGGGUUAAAGAGAUUAAAAAGGAAAGUAUUCAGGCAACAGACAAUUCAGAUCCUGAAGCUGGUGAGAUCCAGGACUCUGAUGUAGCUUACGACCCAGAGGAUGACACUAUCUUUGAUGAGCUGAAAGACACAAAUGGAAAAGAAAAGGUGAAAACCUCAACUCGAUCAGAUUCAGCAAGGCGUUCUGAGCGUUCUCGUGACUCCUCAGUGUCUAGCUCGUGUCGUGGUGCAUCACGCAAUGACACUCCUGAUAGGAGGCGUAAGCGUAGCAGCCAACCAGAUACUCACUCACCGAAAAGACGGGACCGUAAAGUCAGGGACCGCCAAGAAAGCCCUCCUCGUAGAUCUGGCCACCGGUCCCCUGGACACUCUGAUAGGCGAAGGGAAAGACACAGGCGGGGUGAGAGGAGCCGACCAUAUCACAGAGGUCGUCACCACUCUGAGCGCCCAGGCCGCCAUAUCCCUCAUAAAGAGCGUACUUCUCGACGCAGCUCUGGUAGCCAUAGAAGAUCCCCAUCUUCACCAAGACAAAAACAAGAUUCUUGCUCUAGGGGACUCUCAAAGGGUCAAAGGGAGACUUCUCCUCCAGUGUGGGAUGACUUAAAGGGCCCAGAGGCUCCUGAAGACAUGGGUCCUACAAGUCCAACGCCAGCACUGGUCAUGGAGGCUAAUGACUCACCUCAGCCCCCUCUUGAAAGACAGGACAUUGAUGAACCACUGGGUGAUCGUUGUGAUUCAGGAGGUCCACCACAGGGAGAGAUUGAGGACACAGGCCUUCAAAUGCCCCAUGAGAAUCCCACUCCCCAGAAGCCUGCGGAUCAACAACCUUCUCAAAGCUUGCUGGGAUCACCAUCAAAAGGGCCCAACAACGAGCAAGGCCCCAACAUCCAGCUUCAAGACAAUAGGGAUAGGCCCUCUCAAUUGGAACUACUAGAGCAAUGUAGUGUACAGAGCCCAUCAGACAUUAUGAGAGAAAAACAGUUUUCCUCACAAGGUCCUCCCCACAUGGCCUCUCCAAAUAACCAGGGUGAGCGGUCCAGCAGUUUAGAGAGGAGAGAUCCUGAUAUGAGGGAGGGAAGGAGAAACCAAGGGCCUGAUAUUAUGGGACCCGGGCCAAGCAUGAGGGGUGAAAGGAGAGGGCCGCAAAUGAGGCAUCCAAGUCCAAAUAUCAGAGGUCCAGAUCCAGAACCAGACAUGAGGGGUGAAAGGAGCGGGCCACAAAUGAUGCAUCCAAGUCCAAAUAUCAGAGGUCCAGAACCAGAUAUGAGAAGUCCAGAUAUGAGAGAGGACCACUUCUCACCAACAACUUACUUUGGAGGAAAGAGAUCACCAUCGCCCCAUUUUAAUAAUCCAAGGAUCCCCUCAUCUGUUCCAAGAGGAAAUUUUAAGGAUCAGCGGGGAGCACCUUGUCCUGGUUUCCGCCCCAGGGGUCCUCGUACCUCAAGGUGGAUGCCACCACGGUCCCGGUUUGAUGGUCCACAUAAUCCGCUAGUAGUAAGACCUCUAGAGCUGCUCGGAAAACAAAGAGGCACCAACCAGAAUCAUGACAAUGGAGGUGAGCCUAUUCAACCAGAGAUAAAGGAGCAACACAUUGCACAGAGCCCAUCAGACAUUAUGAGAGAGAACCAGUUUUCCUCACAAGGUCAUCCCCACAUGGCCUCUCCAGGCAACCACGGUGAGCGGUCCAGCAGUUUAGAGAGGAGAGAUCCCGAUAUGAGGGAGGGACGAAGACACCAAGGCCCAGACAUUAGAAGUCCAGAUAUGAUAGAACCUGGGCCAGACAUGAGGGGGCCAGUGCCAGACAUGUGGGAUGAUAGAAGGGGUCCAGGGCCAGACAUUAAAGGGCCAAGGCCAGACAUGAGGGGUGAUAGGAGAGGGCCAGACAUGUGGGAUGCUAGAAGGAGUCCAGGGCCAGACAUGAGGGGUGAUAGGAGAGGGCCAGACAUGUGGGAUGAUAGAAGGGGUCCAGGGCCAGACAUGCAAGGUUCAGGGCCAGAUAUGGGGUGUCCAGGGCCAAUCAUGCGAGGUCUAGGGCCAGACAUGCGAGAGCCAGGGCCAGACAUGAGGGGGGAUAGGAGAGGGCCAGAGCCCGAUAUGAGGGGGGAUAGGAGAGGGCCAGAGCCCAAUAUGAGGGGUGAUAGAAGAGGGCCAGAGCCCGACAUGAGGGGUGAUAGGAGAGGGCCAGAGCCCAACAUGAGGGGUGAUAGGAGAGGGCCAGAGCCCGACAUGAGGGGUGAUAGGAGAGGGCCAGAGCCCGACAUGAGGGGUGGGCCAGACAUAUGGGAUGAUGGAAGAGGUCCAGGACCAGACAUGACAGCUCCUGAAAUGCCAGACCCAGAUCCAGAUAUAAGAAGUCCAGACAUGAGAAUGGACCACUUCACACCAACAGCUAACUUUGGAGGACAGAGACCAACAUCGACUCAUUUCAGCAGUCCAAGGAUGAUCUCACCUGUUCAAAGAGGACAUUUUGAGGAUCAAAGGGGAGUACAUCGUCCUGGUUUCCGCCCCAGGGGUCCUCGUCCCUCGAGGUUCAACCAGCCCAGAGGCUCAUAUCCAGGGCACUUCCCAGGGGGGCAACCACGGUUCCGUUUCGAUGGUCGACAGGGAGUGGUAAGACCUGCUCAUGCCUCGCUGGUAACACCAAGGGAGCACAGUAUACAGAGCCCAUCAGAAAUUCUGAUAGAACCCCAGAUACCCUCACAAGGUCCUCCCCACAUGGCCUCUCCAAACAACAAGGGGGAGCGGUCCAGCAGUUUAGAGAGGAGAGAUCCUGAUAUUGGGGAGGAAAGGAGAAACCCAGGGUCAGACAUCAGAGGUUCAGAUAUGAUGGGACCAGGGCCUGACAUGAGGGGUGAUAGGAGAGGACCAGGGCCAGACAUGAGAGGUGAUAGGAGAGGACCAGGGCCAGACAUGAGGGAUGAUAGGAGAGGGCCAGAUAUGAUGGGACAAGGGCCGGACACGAGGGGUGAUAGAAGGCCAGAGCCAGACAUGAGGGGUGAUAGGAGAGGGCCAGACAUGAGAGAUUCAGGGCCAAACAUCAGAGGGCCAGGUCUAGUGCCAGACACAAGGGGUGAUAGGAGAGGGCAAGGGCCAGACUUGAGGAGUCUAGAGCCAGACAUGAGAGGUGAUAGGAGAGGUCCAGGGCCAGACAUGAGGGGUGAAAGGAGAGGUCCAGGGCCAGACAUGAGGGGUGAUGGGAGAGGUCCAGGGCCAGACAUGAGGGGUGAUGGGAGAGGUCCAGGGCCAGACAUGAGGGGUGAUAGGAGAGGUCCAGGGCCAGACAUGAGGGGUGAUGGGAGAGGUCCAGGGCCAGACAUGAGGGGUGAUGGGAGAGGUCCAGGGCCAGACAUGAGGGGUGAUGGGAGAGGGUCCGGGCCAGACAUGAGGGGUGAUGGGAUGGGUCCAGGGCCGGACAUGAGGGGUGAUGGGAGAGAUCCAGGGCCAGACAUGAGGGUUGAUGGGAGAGGGCCAGGGCCAGACAUGAGGGGUGAUGGGAGAGGGCCAGGGCCAGACAUGAGGGGUGAUGGGAUAGGGCCAGAUAUGAGGGGUCCAGGGCCAGACAUGAGGGAUCCAGGGCCAGACACAAGGGGUGAUAGGAGAGGUCCAGGGCCAGACAUGAGGGGUCCAGGGCCAGACAUGAGGGUUCUAGGGCCAGACAUGAGAGAUCCAGGGCCAAACAUCAGAGGGCCAGACACAAGGGGUGAGAGGAGAGGUCCAGGGCUAGACAUGAGGGGUCCAGGGCCAGACAUGAGGGGUGAUAGGGGAGGUCCAGGGCCAGACAUGAGGGUUCUAGGGCCAGACAUGAGGGGUCCAGGGCCAGACGUGAGGGGUGAUAGGAGAGGGCAAGGGUCAAACAUGAGGGGUGAUAGGAGAGGGCCAGACAUGAGAGAUCCAGGGCCAGACACAAGGGGUGAAAGGAGACGGCCAGACAUGACAGAUCAAGGGCCAGACAUGAGAGGGCCAGGUCUAGGGCGAGACACAAGGGGUGACAGGAGAUGGCCAGGGCAGGACUUGAGGGGUCCUGGGCCAGACAUCAGAGGGCCAGGUCUAGGGCCAGACACAAGGGGUGAUAGGAGAGGGCCAGACAUCAGAGGCCCAAGGACAGAUAUGAGGGGUGAUAGAAGAGAUCCAGGGCCAGACAUGCAGGGUCCAGGGCCAGACAUGCAGGGUCCAGGGCCAGACAUGCAGGGUCCAGGGCCAGACAUGCAGGGUCCAGGGCCAGACAUGAGAGAUCCAGGACCAGACAUGCAGGGUCCAGGGCCAGACAUGCAGGGUCCAGGGCCAGACAUGAGAGAUCCAGGACCAGACAUGAGAGAUCCAGGGUCAGGCAUGAGAACUCCAGAGCCAGACAUGAGAACUACAGAGCCAGACAUGAGAGGGCCAGACACAUGGGGUUAUAGGAGAGGGCCAGGGCCAGACAUGCGGGGUCCAGGGCCAGACAUUUGGGGUGAUAGGAGAGGGCCAGACAUGAGGGUUGAUAGGAGAGGACCAGGGCCAGGCAUGAGGGGUCCAGAGCCAGAUAUCAAAGGACCAGGUCUAGGGCCAGAUACAAGGGGUGACAGGAGAGGGCCAGGGCUAGACAUGAGGGGUAAUCGGAGAGGGCCAGGGCCAGACAUGAGGGGUCUAGGGCCAGACAUGAGAGUGCCAGGGCCAGACACAAGGGGUGAUAGGAGAGGGCCAGGGUCAGAGAUGAGGGGUCCAGGACCAGACAUGAGAGAUCAAGAGCCAGACAUCAGAGAACCAGGUCUAGGGCCAGACACAAGGGGUGAUAGGAGAGGGAUAGGUCCAGACAUGAGAGGGACAUGGCCCGAAACAAGGGGUGAUAGGAGAGGGCCAGGGAAAGACUUGAGAGGUCUAGGGCCAGACAUGAGAAGGUCAGGGCCAGACACAAGGAGUGAUAGGAGAGGGCCAGGGCCAGACAUGAGGGGUCCAGGACCAGACACAAGAGACCAAGAGCCAGACAUCAGAGAACCAGGUCUAGGGCCAGACACAAGGGGUGAUAGGAGAGGGCAAGGGCCAGACUUGAGGAGUCUAGAGCCAGACAUGAGAGGGCCAGGGCCAGGCACAAGGGGUGAUAGGAGUGGGCCAGAGCCAGACAUUUGGGGUCCAAGACCAGACACGAGAGAUCAAGAGCCAGACAUCAGAGGGCCAGACACAAGGGGUGAUAGGAGAGGGACAGGUCCAGACAUGAGAGAUACAGGGCCAGACAUGGGAUGGCCAGGUCUAUGGCCAGACACAAGGAGUGGUAGGAGAGGGCCAAACAUGAGAGAUCCAGGGCCAGACAAGAGGGUGGUUAGGAGAGGGUCAGGGCCAGAAAUGGAAGUCACAGGGCCUGAAACAAGGGGUGAUAGGAGAGCGCCAGUGACAGACAUGAGGGGUCCAGGACCAGACACGAGAGAGCAAGAGCCCAACAUCAGAGGGCAGGGUCUAGGGCCAGACACAAGGGGUGAUAGGAGAGGGCCAGAUAUGAGGGGUGAUAGGAGAGGGCCAGACAUGUGGGAUGAUAGGAGAGGGUCUUCACCAAACAUGAGGGGUCCAGGGCCAGACAUGAGCGGUGCAGGACCAGACAUGUGGGAAGAGAGUAGAGGGCCAGAUAUGAGAGGUGAUAGGAGAGGGCCGGGGUCUGACAUGAGAGGGCCAGAUAUGAGGGGUGAUAGGAGAUGGUCAGGGCCAGACAUGAGCGGUGCAGGAUCAGACAUGUGGCAUGAGAGUACAGGGCCAGACACAAGGGGUGAUGGGAGAUGGCCAGGGCCAGACUCAAGGGGUGAUGGGAGAUGGUCAGGGCCAGACAUGAGAGGUCCAGGGCCAGACAUUAGGGGGAAUAGGAGAGGGUCAGAUAUUAGUCUUGAUAGGAGAGGCCCAGGGCCAGACAUGUUGGGUGAAAGGAGAGGGCCAAACAUGAGAGAUCCAGGGCCUGACACGAGGGGUCCAGGGCUAGACAUGGGUCAAGAAAUGCGAGCCCCAGAUCCAGACAUGAGAAGUCCAGACAUAAGAGGAGAUCACUUCACAACAACAAAUCAUUUUGGAGGAUCAAGGGGUAUACAAAGUCCUGGUUUCCAUGGCCCCAGGGGUCCUCGUCCCUCGAGGUUCAACCAGCCCAGAGGCUCAUCUCGAGGGUAUUUCCCAGACAAUGGGGGGCAGCCACGGUUUGACGGUCCACGGCUAGUGGUAAGACCGUUGAGGCCUAAAGGAGGUUUACUCCCCACUCCCCCGGAGGGUCUCAUGAGUUUGCCGAACAACAGCCCGGAUGCUUUUAGAGAAGACCAGUUCCGGAACAGUCACUCGCCUGAUACGAGGAGAACAAGCCUACCCAUAGAAGACUGUGAAAUUAGAAACUAUGGAGACAGAGAAAACAACUCUGAAGAACGUGGCCGUGGUGUUAACCCCCGAGAUAAGGUUAACUUCCAGGGCACAGCGCUCUGCUUGUCCCAGGGGAGGCAGUUGCCUGAGGACAGUGGGAGAGAGCGUGGUGGCAGUCAUGGAAGACAGGGGGACAGGGGGACAGGUAGGCUUGUGAGUAUGGAGAGAGAAAGGGUUAGAGGGAGUGAAGUAGACAGGCCCAGAGAGGAGGUAGAUGAAAAGAAAAAGACACCCACAGAAAAGGACAGAGACAUUGGCAGAGCCACAAGCAGAGAAGGAGAGGCAAACAGAGGUGUUAGUCUGCACAACCGUUCACUCUCAAAAGACCAUGACCGAGACAUUUUAAAGGAUGGAAGUGGAAAGAAAGAAGAACAAAUGGAGGGAAAGGGUAAAACGGUUGAAUUAACAGAAACGCCCCAGGUAGACACGCCCCAGGUAGACACGCCCCCGGUAGACACGCCCCCAGUAGACACGCCCCAGGACAGCAAAGGGCCUGUUUGACUGGAGACAACUGUUAACAGAAAUGCAUGGACAAAGUUUGAAGUUGGUUCAGUUCAUAAUGUACUACGUAGUCGUUUUCACUACAUCAUAAAACACCCUUAACUUUUUGAAUGUCAUGACUGAACGUACCUUGUUUCAUUCAAUUUAGUUUUAAAAUUGUACAAAUUAUGUGCUUUUCAGAAUUUCCAGAUUAAAACUCAUGUCAAGUCAAACAUAAUAGAUAUGUACAUUGUGUUUAUGGAUAUUUUUUGGUCUUUUUUUUAUUUAUAAGUCCAAACCUAUUGAGCCAUACUGCUGUCAUCUAUUCGCUGAUUAGAAAAAGCCUUCAUGUUGGAUCAUCUCAUGAUAAUUAUGUUUUAGAAUAAACCUUCUUUUUUUUUUACUCUGUUUUAAUUUGUUGAACCGAGGCCAAUAAAAACAGUAAAGGAAUGAU